GCCCAGCCCGCAGCCCGCGCUCCCCGGAGCGCUGGAGACCACCGCGGGGGCCCCCUUUGCCCUUGGGAGAAGCGGUCUUGGAGGUAUUGAUUUCGGUGGUCGGAUUUUUCCCCUGGAUCUAUCAAUUCACAAUUCGAAUUUAGAAGAAAAAAGGAAAACAUGACGUCUCCAGCCAAAUUCAAAAAGGAUAAGGAGAUCAUAGCAGAAUAUGAUACUCAGGUCAAAGAGAUCCGGGCUCAGCUCACAGAGCAGAUGAAAUGCCUGGACCAGCAGUGUGAGCUCCGGGUGCAGCUGUUGCAGGACCUGCAGGACUUCUUCCGGAAGAAGGCCGAGAUUGAGAUGGACUACUCUCGCAACCUGGAGAAGCUGGCCGAGCGCUUCCUGGCCAAGACGCGCAGCACUAAGGAUCAGCAAUUCAAGAAAGAUCAGAAUGUUCUCUCUCCAGUCAACUGUUGGAAUCUCCUCUUAAACCAGGUGAAACGGGAGAGCAGGGACCAUACCACCCUGAGCGAUAUCUACCUGAAUAAUAUAAUUCCUCGAUUUGUCCAAGUCAGCGAGGACUCGGGAAGACUCUUUAAAAAGAGUAAAGAAGUCGGCCAGCAGCUCCAAGAUGAUUUGAUGAAGGUCCUGAAUGAGCUCUACUCGGUCAUGAAGACGUAUCACAUGUACAAUGCCGACAGCAUCAGUGCUCAGAGCAAGCUGAAGGAGGCAGAGAAGCAAGAGGAGAAGCAGAUUGGUAAAUCCGUGAAGCAGGAGGACCGGCAGACCCCGCGCUCCCCGGAUUCCACAGCCAAUGUCCGCAUCGAGGAGAAACAUGUCCGGCGGAGCUCAGUGAAGAAGAUUGAGAAGAUGAAGGAGAAGCGCCAAGCAAAGUACACAGAGAAUAAGCUGAAGGCCAUUAAAGCCCGGAAUGAGUACUUGCUGGCUUUGGAGGCGACCAAUGCGUCUGUGUUCAAGUACUACAUCCAUGACCUGUCCGACCUGAUUGAUCAGUGUUGUGACCUGGGUUACCACGCCAGCCUGAACCGGGCCCUGCGCACCUUCCUGUCUGCUGAGUUAAAUCUGGAACAGUCAAAGCAUGAGGGUCUGGAUGCCAUUGAGAAUGCGGUCGAAAACUUGGAUGCCACCAGCGACAAGCAGCGCCUCAUGGAGAUGUACAACAAUGUCUUCUGCCCCCCAAUGAAGUUUGAGUUCCAGCCUCACAUGGGGGACGUGGCUUCCCAGCUCUGUGCCCAGCAGCCUGUCCAGAGUGAGCUGGUACAGAGAUGCCAACAGCUGCAGUCUCGCUUAUCUACCCUGAAGAUUGAGAAUGAAGAGGUAAAGAAGACGAUGGAGGCCACCCUGCAGACCAUCCAGGACAUUGUGACUGUGGAAGAUUUCGAUGUGUCUGACUGCUUCCAGUACAGCAACUCCAUGGAGUCCGUCAAGUCAACCGUCUCGGAAACCUUCAUGAGCAAGCCCAGCAUCGCUAAGAGGAGAGCCAACCAGCAAGAGACAGAGCAGUUUUACUUCACGAAAAUGAAGGAGUACCUAGAAGGCAGGAACCUCAUCACCAAGUUGCAAGCCAAGCACGACCUUUUGCAGAAAACCCUGGGAGAAAGUCAGCGGACAGAUUGCAGUCUGGCCAGGCGUAGCUCAACCGUGAGGAAACAGGACUCCAGCCAGGCAAUUCCUCUGGUGGUGGAAAGCUGCAUCCGGUUUAUUAGCAGACACGGACUACAGCAUGAAGGAAUUUUCCGGGUGUCUGGAUCCCAGGUGGAAGUGAAUGACAUCAAAAAUGCCUUUGAGAGAGGAGAGGACCCGCUGGCUGGGGACCAGAAUGACCACGACAUGGACUCCAUAGCAGGCGUCCUCAAGCUCUACUUCCGGGGUCUGGAACACCCGCUGUUCCCCAAGGACAUCUUCCAUGACCUGAUGUCCUGUGUCGCAGUGGACAAUCUGCAGGAGCGAGCUCUGCACAUCCGGAAAGUCCUCCUGGCCCUACCCAAAGCCACUCUGAUUAUCAUGAGAUACCUCUUUGCCUUCCUCAGUCAUUUAUCACAGUUCAGUGAAGAGAACAUGAUGGACCCCUACAACCUCGCCAUCUGCUUCGGGCCCUCGCUGAUGUCAGUGCCGGAGGGCCAUGACCAGGUGUCCUGCCAAGCCCACGUGAACGAGCUGAUCAAAACCAUCAUCCUCCAGCACGAGAACAUCUUCCCCAACCCCAGGGAGCUGGAGGGCCCCGUCUACAGCAGGGGAGGAAGCAUGGAGGAUUACUGUGACAGCCCUCACGGAGAGACUACCUCGGCUGAAGACUCCACGCAGGAUGUGGCCGCAGAGCACCACACGAGCGAUGAUGAGUGCGAGCCCAUCGAGGCCAUCGCCAAGUUUGACUACGUGGGCCGGACAGCCCGAGAGCUGUCCUUCAAGAAGGGGGCGUCGCUGCUGCUUUACCAGCGGGCUUCGGACGACUGGUGGGAAGGUCGGCACAACGGUGUGGACGGGCUCAUCCCCCAUCAGUACAUCGUGGUCCAAGACACCGAGGACGGUGUCGUGGAGAGGUCCAGCCCCAAGUCUGAGAUUGAGGUCCUUUCUGAGCCACCUGAAGAAAAGGUGACACCCAGAGCAGGGGCCAGCUGUCCCGGUGGGGGUCACGUAGCUGAUAUUUAUCUUGCAAACAUCAACAAGCAGAGGAAGCGUCCAGAACCUGGAAGUAUCCGGAAAACUUUUCGGAGUGACAGCCACGGGCUGAGCAGUUCCCUGAGCGACUCCUCCGCGGGGGUGGGGGCCGGCGGCCGCCCAUCCUCCCAGCCCAUCCUGAGCCAGAGUCUCCCCAAGGAAGGGCCCGACAAGUGCUCCAUCAGCGGCCACGGGAGCCUCAACUCCAUCAGCCGCCACUCCUCCCUGAAGAACCGGCUGGACAGUCCGCAGAUCAGGAAGACUGCCACAGCGGGCAGGUCCAAAAGCUUCAAUAACCACCGGCCCAUGGACCCUGAGGUCAUCGCACAGGAUAUCGAGGCGACAAUGAACUCUGCCCUGAACGAGCUGCGGGAGCUAGAGCGGCAGAGCACUGUCAAGCACACCCCCGACGUCGUCCUGGACACCUUGGAGCCCCUCAAAACCUCACCGGGGUUGGCCCCCACCUCUGAGCCCUCCAGCCCCCUGCACACCCAGCUCCUCAAGGACCCCGAGCCCGCCUUCCAGCGCAGCGCCAGCACCGCAGGGGACAUGGCUUGUGCCUUCCGGCCCGUCAAGUCCGUCAAGAUGGCUGCCCCGGUCAAGCCCCCCGCCACGCGACCCAAGCCCGCUGUCUUCCCCAAGACGAACACCACUAGCCCUGGUGUCAACUCGUCUGCUUCCCCACAGUCCACUGACAAGUCUUGUACUGUCUGAGGGGUAUAAUUUAAUUGUUCUAGACAAGGGGACUAUAGGGACUGACUGUUAUUAAAAUCUUCCUAUUUAACUAGCUUGGGGACUUCAGUUGAAAACUAGAUUCUAAGUUGUUCUUGCAGAAUUAGCCUCCCCAUCACCCAACCUUGAGAAUGAGCCCUUGUUGCCGCCUCUCCCUUCCCUUCCACUGCCCUCUGUUCCCCUGGUCAUUGUAAUCCAGCCGGCUGCAGUCGGACCAUUCUGAGGUCAGCCGGAGACAGUUGUCAGUGAUCAGGUCACAGUGAAACCUGGAGAGCCAAGUCGUGAGGACACGGGCCCAGCACGGGGUGCCUCGGCCACGUGGUCAGCGCCUCCCUCCAUCCAGCUCUCAGUGACGUCUGGCUUUGGCUAGAUCUGAUGAUAGAGAAUUGUGUAGUCCAUUCUUUGUUUUACACACACACACACACACACACACACACACACACACACACACACACACUUUCCUAGUCUCUGGCAUGUGUAGCAUCCUGGUUAUAAACCAGCCUCUUUGUAAAUUAUUGUGGCAGUUCACACAGGAGGCCACCCAGGACUCUUUCCAUUACAAAUUUUGCUCUCUUGGGCUGGAGAAGCUGCCUGCCUCUGGCAUUGCUCUCAUUCUGGAAUGCAGCAGGAUGGGCCGAUCCUGUGGUCUGCGCGGGCUGGGACUUACCCGCUGUCUUCCUCCUAUUGCUGUGAGUUGGUCAUUGCGUUCGCUUUUCUCUCCUCUGUCCCAUAGAAGUACAGCCCAGUCUUACUAAGGAGCUUUUCAAGUUUUUCUGGAUGUAUAGACGUUUCUCUCGUUCCUAUCUUUGUCUCUGAUGGAGCAUUUUCCAUUCAGGACAUUUUCCUAUAGAAGACAGUUUUAUAGCUGAUUCCUUUUAGAGUAAAGAGUCUUAUUAAAGUUUUACUGUGUUUGUGGCAGGUAUGAUAAAGGUAAGAAAUGGGUCUUUCCUCCUCCCGUUUUUGGGGCUCUUAAAACAAAAUUCAUUAUCCUAUUAAAAAGUUAAAUUCCAUUUUGCUGAUAAAAAAUUUGUUCCCUAAUGAAAAGUUAUUUUAAGUUCACCCCUGGGUUUGGUUACUUUGUAAGGUCUCUCUGGGGACCAACAGGGACUCAGCCCCAGUUGAAGAGACUCUGCCCCUUGAGGUGGGUUUGCGUUCAUCAAGACGAGGACAGCUGAAGGAGCCUAACCCCAAGGGGUCCAGCGUCAUUGUAAGACCCGAAUCUAGAGGACGAGAUGCUGUGUACUUUGGCCUUUGUCCUGGCUUCCGUCCAAAAUGCAGAAACGAUGCCCCAUACAGCUCCCGAACUGGUUGUGCCCACGUCCUCGCCCCGGGCUGCCACAGGGCCCCAGGUCAGAGGCACCCCCAUCUCAGGCUCGUGGGCCCACACAGCUGCUUGAGUGAGAACUGAAACUCGCCCUCUUUGCGUUUUCUGGCUUGACAGCUGUGCUUUUGGCCUUUGGCUUCUGUAGUCCAGGAGAAACUGGGUGGCCGUUCUGGUAGGGAAAUCCGAGUGCUCUUUGACCUAGAAGGGAUUCUAUUGGGACCCACGUGUGAAGUUGGCAGUGGGACCCCUGGAAAGCUUGGAGUGUUCCUCAUUCUGUGGGAGUAGAGGAGGGGCCUAGGGAGUCCCAGAUGGGAAGGGUGACCGCCACAUCCGGAAAACCACUCCAGGAGCAGGAUAACCCAGGAUCCCUUCAGCAAAGCGAGUCACCCUGGAGAAGUCACCUGUGUUCAUAGGACUCCUGGUCUUUGUUCCUCUGUUCAGUGGCUUGUCCAGGUCCUGAGCCAAGAGGGAGCUUUCAGAUGCAAGGAUCUGCUCCCUAGUUAAAAAUGUAACCUACUCUACAUUCCUUUCGCCCCAGCUGAUUAAAACUGGUUCCCCUACCUGCUCUUCCCCCCUCUCUAGUACACUAAGAAAGUGAAAGCAAAACUUUCUUGAUGCAUUGGGCCUGCCCUGUUGCUCUUGCCUUAGUUUCAACCCUGCACCUGACUCACGUUUGCCAUCUCCUUGGUCUCUGUCUCUCUGCUGGUGGUGUCAUAACCCACGCAGUGUGUGAGCUCUGGGAGCCAGGCUGUCCUCUCUGGUGCUCCUGACCCUGCGAGGUGGCCCUGUCCAGAGGAGAGGCCACUGCAGUCAGCUGGAACUGAGGUCACACACUGCGAUGAUAGAGCAGGAAGGAGUUGGUCCCCAGGGCGUGGGAGACCAGUCUUCAGACACACUUGCCAAAACCAGCGUGAUGCUUCCGGAGCCAUGCUCUGCCUGCCCACACGGAUCCUCUUCCCGACGGGCUCUGAAGGCUCAGGGUCUGGGAGGAGAGGUGGACGGGGCUCGCAGCAUCUCACUUUGGAAAACGAAUUUGCAGCCAGCAGCCUGGAAACUGGAAACCCUGGUCUCAGCCAGCCUCCUCAGGGCACCCUGGUUUCUCCCCAAGACAGGAGCACUGGCACCAGCAUCAGAAGGAACAGACCGAGGGCAGGGCUGGUGUCCAUGGACUUGACCUUCAGAAGGGAAGAUAGACCUUCCAGGGAAAUGCAAUGUUGUGGUGUCUGACUUCUAUGUCAAGUUCGUGUAAAAUGGUAUAUUCUUUAAAUAGUGUUGAUAACUGGAAUAUUGUAUGUAUGCUUGGAGAUGCUUUUUGUGAACCUAAGACUGUCACUCAACAGAUGUUGGAUUGGGGAAAAUCCAAAGCACAACUUCAAAAUAAAAUACAUUUUUAGGUUUC